UCGGCCCGCCGGGCGUCGGGGGGUGCCGCAGCCCAGCCCGGCCCCACUCCCAGCCAUGCCGUGGCCGCGAGCGGAGCUGUCCGGGCGGCUCCGGUACCGGGGCGGCUCCCGCGGGCCCUGCCUCAGCCUCCUGCACCUGAAACUCACCGACCCGGCGCUGCGGGCGCUGCGGGACUGUCAGCGGCUGCAGGGCUCAGCCCGGCCUGUCAUCGCCUUCCAAGGGAGCCAGGGGUACAUCAAGAUCCCCUGUGCCCUGGGCAGCCCUGGGGAAGGAGCUCGCCUCUUCACCUUCUACCUGUCCCGCUACAGCAAGGACAAGCCGCAGGCCAGCUUCGACUGCAUCCGGCAGUACGUCUCCAGGCUGGGUCAGAACCAGUUGGACUGCGUGGGCAGCAUCCAGGAGAAAAUCACCAUCUGUGCCUCCGAGGACUCGUACCAGCUGACACGGGAGCGUGUGUCCCAGGCGGAGAAGGAGGCGUGGAGCAGAGCUGCUAUCGAGAUCAAGCCAGCAGCCCCAGGCCAUGGUAAAUGUGUUACCAUCCCGAAGAAGCUGGGCAUGAGCACCCCAUUGGGGAAGUGCCCCGCUGGGAGCCCUGCUCCAGGGGGCAGGAAAUGCAGCCCCAUGGGGACAGAUCGCAGUGUUCUUGUGAAAUGCCUAGUGCAGCUUCUGGCCCUGCGGCCCCACUGCAAACAUGAGCUCCUGGAGCGGCUGGACAGGGUGCAGAUCAGCCUGAAGGACAAGACCCAGCUGCUGCCCAUGCUGGAGGAGGUGGGGCAGCUGAACCCCUGGGAGAGCAGCUACAGGCUGAAGGAGGAGCUCUUUGGGCAGGUGCAGGAGGACUGGCUGGGCUACACAGCUGAGGAGCGGCAGGAAGUCAGGCAGCUCCUGCACAGGAAACAGGCCCUCGGAGCCGUGGCCAGGCCCUUCUUGGUGCCUCUGGAGUGCCCGUCUUGCCAAGGUGCCAGCAAAAGGCCCUUGGGUGUGAAGCGACUGGCACUGCUGGAUGCCUCGGACCCACAAGGGCUGAAGAAACCCUGUGCCCCAGAGCACCCCCCCAGCUCUCUGGGAUCCCACCGCAGACUGCAGGAGCCUGUCCUGGAGCAUCAGAGAACCCAGAGCCAGCAGCAGCCAUGCCAGCUUCCCAGGCCCAGUGCGGAGCUGCAGAGCUCAGAGGAGGAGCCGAGCGAGGGGGAGGGAGGCGAUGACUGGGAAGAGGGAGCUCUGCGCCUGGAGCAGCACCUUUCUGCCCUGCAAGACAGUGGCUCCCAGGCAAGCCUCCCGGCCUCCUUCGCUGAGCUCCCAGAUUACUGCCGGAAAUACAGAGCCAUCUGCUCCGUGGAGCAGCAUCACGCCUACGUGGAGGCAUUCAGUGCGGAUUACGCAGAGUACCGGCACCUCCACACCAGGAUCGGGCACGUGAGCAGGACAUUCAUCCAGCUGGGAGCUAAAAUCAAAAUGCUGCCACGGGGGACGCAGCAGCAUAAGGCAGUGGAAGACAGAAUCUUACAGGAAUACCGGAGGUUCAAGCAGACCUACCCCAGCUACAGGAAGGAGAAGAACCGCUGCGAGUAUCUUCACCAAAAGCUGUCCCACAUCAAGGGCCUCAUCCUAGAGUUUGAGAAGACAGGGGCUACCUAGGGGAGCCUGCAGGAAGCGCUGCCCGUUCUCCUUUCCCUUUGCAGGGGAGCAAGGGGUGGGGGUUAGUGAACUCUCCUGCAGUAGUAGUUGCAGUCCCCCAGCCUAGUGUCCAAUGCAGCCAUUUGACUGAUCUGGGGUGGGGUGGGGUGAGGGAGGGGCUCACAGGACAGAGCAUGUGGCUGCCACAAAGUACAGAGAGUGGGUGAGGGUCUUAGUGAAUUGUCCCCUGUGAGGUGCAGCUCCAGGUUAGGGGCAGCCUGUACCCUAGAGCUCUGCUGGGGAGGGAAGGCUGCUCGGUCAGGGCAGGCUCCCUGGCUUCAGGCUUGUAACAGCCAGCUCCAUGCAUUGCCCAGCCUACGCUGCCUGCUGGAGAAGUAGGCUUUUGCUAUCAAGUGGGACCUGCCACCUUCGUCACUGGCUUCCUCCCCCAGGCGCUUAGAGCAUGGCAGACCCUUGCCCAGCAGGGGCAAUUUCAAUUGCUAGAGCUAAGGGCACCAUGCCCCUGGGGCUGAGUCUGUGCUGGGGUUUGAUUACUGACACCUACCUGCUUGAGCAGUGUUCUGUAACAGGAGUUGAGGGGACAGGGAAGUGCCUCACAUUCCUUGGCUGUGCACCCCAUUGUUGGUGUAUUUCAACUCUCUCUCCCUGCUGCAAUCAGAACUACCCUGGGAACCUGCUGACAUUGCUACAUGGAACUGCAAGGUGUGGGGGGGGAAGAGAUGGUAAUGAUUGCUUAUGAAUGCAGGAGGAAAUGAGCAGGAGGGGUGAAGGCCCUGGAAGUUCUGCCUUGUUUCUGGUUUAUGGCCCUGGGUUAAACAGUUCAUUGUACAAUAUGGAGGCAUGCGUGGCUGUGCCCUUCAGCCCUCUCCCAGCACCUGCCUCGGCUCCUCCUGCUUUCAAAGUAACUAGCCUGCCCCAACCCAGCAGGAGAAACUGAUGUGUCAGGGCCUAACUGCAGGGCUGCAAGUGAUGAAACCCUUUGCCUUAAUUACCAGCUGGCCUCAGUGGAGGGGAUGGAGCCCUCACGCACAGGCUCUGCUGCCUUGUCCAAGGAAGUGUGUGCACAGCACCCUGGGGCUGUGCUGAGGGUUCCUAGGUGCUCUCUGUAAUAAUACAGUAACUACUAAGCCACUCAGCCAGAGUGCCCUGCUGCCAGGGAUAGGCCCAGGGUGCGUUAGCUGAAGGAUGGGCCUAGCUUGAGCAAACAGGAGCAUUAAUAUGAACACUCUACUGGCUAGGUGGGUAACAGCUAUUCAUGGCUGACAUGAACAGCUGUUACCCACCUGACCAGUAGAGCAUUCAAAGCCAGUGUGGGAGGUGGGGAGACCUUGUAAAUGCUAUUGUGCAAGCUACUGUACCUAGAGCGUGCCCUAGUAAUAAAGGUGUAGAGACCCAGCCAUGGUGUUUUGUGAAACAAGUUACAGGGGAGGAGAAGCCCUGCUGGAGUGGUUUGAGUGCAGAGCCAGAACACAGCAGUACUCAGAUUUACCAAUCCUCCCCUGCAGUUCUCUGCCUCCAGGACUAGGAAACCACUCAUCUCUCAUUCCUGCUGCCCAGCACAGUGGCUCCUACCUGCACCAAGGUAAAUACAGAAGGCCAUCUGUUCAUGGUAGUUCAAACACCUGUGCACAAAACCUUGGAAGGGAUGUAGGCUUGGAGCAGCCAGCCAGCAGGAGACAGGACAGCAGGCUACAGUCAAAGGCUAGCUCCUUAGCAGCAGGGUUAGGAGCCCUGUGGCCAGCAGAGCUGUGUCUUAAAGAGGCCAUUGUCUGAGAAGUAAGAGGCACCUAGAGGCUGGCUCAGCUGCAAUCUCAGCUCUUGCCUGCCCUCAAGGGAGCUGAGCACCAAGCAAAGUGCCCUGCCCUUCUAUCUGGCUGGGGGAUGCUUUCAUGGCUGGUCCUAGCCUCUUGUGGCACAGCAGGGUUUGCUCACACCAUUGCCACACCUCCGGCUACUUGCCAGGGAGAGCUGCUGUGCCUGCCAGGCCCAGCACCAAGUGAAACCCACUUAAUGUUUGGCACAGCUUGAGCUGCUCCCCCACAAAGCCCAGACUCAAGCCCUGGAGAUAGCUGCAGGAACACCAGGAGCAGGUCACCUGCAGCCCUGGGCUCUAGCAGACCAGGCCUGGACCUCAGGCAGGCUUCUUGCCACUUCACUGCCAUCUGGGGCAUUCAUGAUGGCA